AUGUUCUCCUCAUCCAGAAGACACGAGAGCUCAAGCAAGAGCUUCUCAAAAGGCCACAAAGCUAGCAAGUCUAGUGCUUCUUUUAGCAAAGACAGUGGCAUCACCAAGCGAAAACAUGAGUCUCGCCACCAUCGUCGACCAACAAUGACUUCCAUGACCAGCGCCAGUGGUGAUGUUAUGAUGGGAGAGAGCACUGGGGCUUCACCCAUCGUCACUCUCGUCGUCGGCAGCGAACAACGUCUCUUCGCCGCCCACGAAGACGUUCUUUCCAACAGUCCUUUCUUCAAUAAUGCACUACGAAACGGAUACAUGGACGUCGCCAGCAAACGCAUCUCACUUCCUGACGAAGAGCCUGAGAUCUUCAGCUCUGUUCUUGAGUUCUUGUACAAGGGCGAUUACACUCCUCGUCUAGUGCACAACAAGCGCCGAAACUCGUAUGAGUUAGAGGCUGCUACUGAAGAACAGCGCUCUGCUGUUGAAAGCACUGUUUACCAUCGUAGCAUUGAUGGCGAUCUUCUCAAGGACACCGUCAUCUACUGUGCGGCGGAGAAGUAUGGCCUUGACGAGCUCAAGAAGCUAUCGCUGCGCAAACAAGGACUUCAAUCUGGAAUCCAGUGCAGCACCAUUCUUGCUUCAGCCAGAUAUGCCUACGCCAACACUCCCGAUACCGACUCCAAGCUGCGAGCUCACUAUCUCGCUCUCAUCAUUCGCUCACGCAGCACUUUCAAGCGAAGUGGAACUAUGCAACUUGAGAUGUAUAAUGGCGGCACUCAGCUUUUCUUUGAUCUGUUUGUCGCUCUUUGCAACCAUGUCGACGACAUCUCAACUGCGUCCAGAAACACUCCCCGCUCAAACCGCCACUUCUCUUAA